UCACUGCUUCCAAUGAGAUAUUCUGCCCUUUGGCGCUCGGUGGGCGCCAUGAGCUGCGGUUCGCUGGUCACCUACUUGACCCUCCGUCUAUUCGAUGGCCAGCAAUCCUCGCUACUAUCAAGUGGAGAUGGCAAAGGGGAGUUGGGACCCGUGGACAGUGGCACUUGGCUGCAUCAUUGGGAUCUCCAGAAGCCGCAGCUGCAAAAGGUGUCGAAUGGCGAGGAGUCCUCGGCCCUGCGUCAUAUAAUCCUGGUGCGACAUGGCGAGUAUACGAAGACCCCGAAUGGAAGCCACCUCACGGAACUGGGUCGUCGGCAGGCGGAGAGGACAGGUCGAAGGUUGCGGGAAAUGGACUUGAGCUGGGACCACGUGGUGGCCUCCACAAUGACGCGGGCCGAGGAGACGGCCAUGAUCAUCCUGAAGCAGCUCAAUCUGGAUCCCCUGAAGAUGAAGCGGUGCACCUUGCUGCCGGAGGGCACUCCCUAUCCGGGGGAUCCUCCUUCCAAGAAAAGUCCACGCAGCUUGGAACUGGCCUAUCAAAGGGAUGGUCCAAGAAUUGAGGCUGCCUUUAGGCGUUACUUCUUUAGAGCCAGUCCAGAACAGGAGCACGAUUCCUACCUCCUCAUAGUGGGCCAUUCCAAUGUGAUCCGGUAUCUGAUCCUGCGAGCCUUGCAACUUCCUCCGGCUGCCUGGACACGGCUCAACUUGAACCACGGGUCCAUCACCUGGCUGACUGUGUGGCCCUCGGGCUAUGUGACCUUGCGAUGCCUGGGGGAUUCCGGCUUUAUGCCCAUAUCCGAGUUGACCCAUCGAAGGCCGUCGCCGGCUAAAUCGGAUAAUAACUAG